GAGCUGUGCGUUGUGUGCAUGUUCGCUCGCCGGUCUCGUGAUGUCAUGACGCAGUGCGGUGCUUAGGAAGCGGAGAGGCCCUCAGCGGCCUUCUGCGGAACCCGGGACUGGGGCCUGGGGAUAGGGGGCCCUGGUUUUGCAAAAUUGGUUUGUGAAAAAAGAACCCGUGCCGGAAUCACCUCCUAGGCUUUGCAGAAGUUGUCAGCGUUUUGGUCAAAAGUCAUUUUCAGGAUAUGGGAGGAUACAUUUAAAGGGAUUGUACAGCUCAAAGAUAAGUGUUGCUGUUAUGGAGGGGAUGGACGUUGAUCUCGAUCCAGAGCUAAUGCAAAAGUUUAGUUGUUUGGGAACUACAGAUAAAGAUGUCCUCAUCUCCGAGUUCCAGCGUCUGCUUGGUUUUCAGCUCAAUCCUGCAGGCUGUGCCUUCUUCUUGGACAUGACCAACUGGAAUCUACAGGCUGCCAUUGGAGCAUAUUAUGACUUUGAAAGUCCCAGUGUCACAAUCCCUUGCAUGUCCUUUGUGGAAGAUGUUACAAUCGGGGAAGGGGAAUCUGUGCCACCAGACACCCAAUUUACCAAGACAUGGAGGAUCCAAAACACUGGGUCAGAAGCAUGGCCCCCUGGGGUAUGCCUACGGUAUGUUGGUGGUGACCAAUUUGGCCAUGUAAACAUGGUUUUGGUGCGCUCGCUUGACGCCCAGGAAAUGACAGAUGUGAGUGUACCGAUGUGCAGUCCAAGCCAGGCUGGAAUGUACCAGGGCCAAUGGAGAAUGUGUACGGCUACCGGCCUGUAUUUUGGAGAUGUCAUAUGGGUUAUACUUAGUGUUGAAGCUGGUGGCCUGCUGGGUGUUACUCAGCAGCUCUCAUCCUUCGAAACAGAAUUUAACACUCAGCCACACCGCAACCUUGGGGGCAACUACAACCCAUUUGCUUCACCCCAAAAGAGUCGGUCUCCUGAACAGGAGCACAUGGGAAAUUGGGCCCCAGAGACAGAGAUCCCUGAAAAUGAGCAGAAUGGACUAUCACAGACCCCAGUAAAUAUAUGUUCAACGGAUCUCCCGGCCAGCCACUCUGUAGCAACAUAUAGAGAGAGUGUUCAUGGGCCUUAUUCGUUUGGAGAAUCCUAAAAGAAAACAUGUUUCUUUCUCAAUGCACCUGCGUCUUCUUGCCUCCCCUGGAUAUCCGGCACCAAGAGAAACCUGUUGAAGAUAAUGUAUAGGGGAGGUGUAUUAACCAAAUUAAUUUUAUACAGGGUGCUGCCUUUGUUUCCUCCUGCUGAAUGAUUUACCCUCUAACCCUUACAGAUUACAGCUCUUUAAGGAGUGGGAAUGGAAAAGUAAUCUGGGGAGGGAAAUGUGAUAGCUCCAGAGAUUUAAAGUGCGAGGAUUGCUGUGUUUUUUAAUUUAAUUAUAAUCCUUGCAAAAUGACUACCCUACAAAAACUCAUGUUUUCUGUCCCUCCAAAAGCAGCUUCAGAUGCCUUUAUCUUUUAGUUUUAUAAGUAUUUUCUGCUUUGGAUUUCGGUCAGAAACCAGAUUGACUGCAUUCAACCCACUUGGAGGCAGCGCUAUGAGAAUAAACUACUAUCUGUAUAACAGUAUAGGUAUACUUAAUUUUGUUGGCCCCUUUGCAUCCGUAUACAUUAUAUUGCUAAAAUGAGAAAAAUUGUAUUCACAGGAGCAGGCAUCUUUUCUAGUGCACUCAAGUCAAAAUAGUUACUGCUUGUAGGUUUUAUAGAUUGUACAGGUUAUUUUACCAGAUUAUAGAAUAUGGCCACAUGAGUCUAACUAUGGGUACCUAAAACAGUGGCGCCAGGAAUGGUAUCUAUAUUUAGAAAUAAUCAGUUUAUUUGUUUGAGCAGUCGCCCAUUGUACUAUUUUUACAAAUUCUGUACUAAAAACAACUGAUGAACAAGAAAAA